AUUUCAGAAUAGAGCCGCAAUGUCGGCCGUUCGAUUUUUAGACGACGCGGUUAGACGGGAGCGUCGCGACGGCGACGCUAAAGACGUCGCGGCGUUUUUUCGAUGACGUCGCCAUUGUGAAACAGCAGGGGAAAAUGGUCAGGAUGGCGGCCGCGAUGGAGGAUCACGAAAGGAAAAUCGUCGUCGAGUUUGUGCACCUGCUGGAAAAAUCCAAGCAGUUGUUCAAUGGAUUGAGAGAUCUGCCUCAAUACGGUCACAAACAGUGGCAGGCAUACUUUGGCAGAACUUUCGACAUCUACACGAAGUUGUGGAAGUUCCAGCAGCAGCACCGGCUGGUACUCGACACCAAAUACGGAUUGAAGAGGUGGCAAAUUGGGGAAAUCGCUUCGAAAAUCGGCCAGCUUUACUACCAUUAUUAUUUGAGAACCAGCGAAACAAAUUAUUUGAACGAGGCGUAUUCGUUUUAUUCUGCCAUUAGAGGCAGAGCGUAUUAUUCAAGAGCAGCAAAAGAGGACAGAUCUGAAUUGAUGGUAAAAAAGCUCCGCUACUACGCUCGAUUUAUCGUCGUCUGCUUGCUGCUUCGCCGGAUGAAAUUAGUUAGAGAAUUGAUAGUAGAAUUAGACAGACAUAUCGCCGACUACACUAGUACCUACGAACCGGACGAUCAGAUCGAAUGGAGCCUGGUCCUGGACGAAAUCAAAGGCUUCAUCGCUUCAGAUUCUCUAGUGACCGUUUUGCACGCUGACACAAACCCUAUCGUAUUAUCUCAUAGGCUAAGUCCACUCACUACACCUCCAGUAGAAAAAUCCCAAUACAUGAAUUUAACGCUUCAAGAAAUCCUGAUAGUGGGCAGUGCCACUGAACAAGUGAAAUUUUCCGAGCUCACCAUGGACAUGUUCAGAAUGAUUCAGACGUUGGAACGAGAACCACAAGAAGACUUCAAUCAUAUCUAUGACGCUUCGCCUGCCCCCGGUAGGGUUCCUUAUGGGGUACCUGGUCAAAAAGGAUAUUUAGAAAACGGUGAUAGACCGUCGAGGCGUGAAAAUCCUCACAAGUAUUUGCUCUACAAACCGACUCUUAGUCAAAUUUUAGUGUUUUUGGCUAGUGGUUUUAAGGAACUGCCAGCUAAUGGUGCUUUGUUGCUUUAUUUGUCGUCAGAUGGGUGUUUUUCUGCUUCGAAACAUCCAGAAGAUAUGGGUUAUGAUCUCGGUGGGGUAUCGACGACAACAAAACGAGAUGGUGAGCACAAGAAAACCAAAGAAGUACACUGCCUUUAUCCCGGUGACCUGUACCCGUUCACCAGACGUCCCUUAUUUGUGAUAGUGGACUCUGACAAUAGUUUCGUGUUUCAACACAUACCUAGAUAUUUCGGACAGCCCUUAGUUACUCUAAUGUCGCCUCAAGAUACACCUCCUGCCUUCCAAGAUCAGCAACACAAUGGUUCAUUGUUCACGCUAUUUUUGCACUCGCCAUUGACAGCCUUUUGUUACUGUUGCAACAUAAGCAGUUUAGCCAUCCACCAUUGGGAACGUUGCCAAUCUUUUGUAGAUCGAUUUGUCACUGAAGCUUCAAGAUUAUUCACUAGGGCACGCGUAGAUAUUUCAUAUCUUCAAUUCUUCGGUGAUGACUUCUUGCGAUUGCUCCUGCUCCGUUACGUGUUCUGCGACGUCGUACUCCAUCUUCACAGGGCGUUCCGGGGUCGUCAGUUCCGGCCCCGGUGUCAACCUCCUUUACCCGAAGCUGAGCUUCUAGAAAGUCCCGCUUUGCAGCACCUGGUACUGGAGCUGGCAACGCAUUUGGAAGUCAGAACGCACUUUUUGGAUGGACACGAACCGGAAUGAUCCAGGUCGUCCUCCUCCUCCUCGUACUUGGGCCGCCGGAAAACUCAGGAGGCAGGAGGGGAUCCCCCGUUGCUAAUCACCAUCGUACUUAUUAUAAUAGUGGGUUUUUUCGCAAUCGUUAAAAGGUGUUGGACUGUUCAGAUGGACAAAUUGUGGACGUACGAUAGGGACGUGUCGCUCGACAACGUGGUUAUGGUUUAAGUAAAACGAGAGAGCUUUCAUUAUACAUAAAUUAUAGACUUUUAAAGAAUUAAUAACGGUGAUAAUACUUAAUCUAUUAUUACUCAGAGCGGUUUUGUGCAUUGAAACCUUUGGUUUUAUAUUUAUUUAUUAGGCACAAAAAUCAUAUAGCUGGAGUAUAGAUUUUUCAUAGUAGUAAAGUGCCAGUCAAUGAAAAUGUAUUGAAAACUAAUAUUUUGGAGAUUUUAGUAGAAAGAAAAAAUAACUUCUAUCGUAAUAUCUCUGAAACAAAGAUGGCGUCAAAGUUUGAAUUUUCAGUGCAGCCAAAAUAAAAAGCUAACUGUCAAUGAAAAUAAAAUUCAAAAUAGCAUCUCAAUAAGUUAAAUUCGUUGAAAAUUUUCAGGUUUUGAUUAUUUCCGGCUCAUAAACAAUCGACUUAAAUAGCGAUUGUAGAUUGUGGGGGAAGUCGGCUUUCCAGUAUUGCUCUCUUUGCAGAUAUUUUGUACGUGACUCUACAUCUUAAAUUAUCUCCAGGAAGCGUAAACUUCUGCCGGAGGAAGCUAUUUUUCUGGGUGUCAGUUGGCUCACUUUUUCUGGUGACAGUGUUGCCCCCUCAAGGAAUUUGAGCCUCUUGCAGAAUUGGGCAGGACAUUCGCGGUCUCUAUUGCGUCUGAGCAGAAUUUGCAGAGAUCGUCUUCUGCUUUGCCCAUUAACCUUAAGUGGUAUUUCAACAAGCAAUGUCCUGUGAGAAGUCCUACGAUCAUUCUGUCUAGUCUGCUCAUGUCUAAGAGCUGAUCAGUUCUUUUUGCUAAAAAGGUGAUAAACCUUUUUGACUGUCUGAGUCUCGGAGUGUGCCUUCAAUAUGAUGACAGUUGGUCAUGGUGUUGAGUUCUUCCAUGAUGUGGCCAUUAAGCCACAAUAGGGCUUUGGUCCAUGGUAUGGUGUUGAGGCCCCUUCUUUUGCGAGGCCAUCUGUUUCUUCGUUUCUCUCUAUGCCUCGAUGACUAGGCAGCCACAUCAGCCUUACCUGGUUGUUGUCGCUAGUGUUUUUAGCGUCUGUUUACACUCCCAGACUAGUUUUGAGGUGCAUUUGAAAGCCCUCAAUGCUUUUAAGGCAGCUUGACUAUCUGAUAGUAUGAAGAUGUGUUUUCCUUUGAGGCUUUGGUUGAGACACUCUUGCGCACAUAUGUUUACCUACAGCAAGCAGUUCGGCUCGAAAUAUUGUCAGAUGUUUGGCCAAUGCCUUGGAGAGCUUGAAGUUACGGCCGGAAAUACCCAGUCCAGCUCCUUCCGUUAGUUUGGAUGCAUCUGUAUACUACAAAGAUGCAUUGUUUGCUCCACUGCAAAUGGUAUCUCUCUUAUUCCAAUCUGACCAUAAUGUGGUCACUUGGUUUGCUGGCAUUCUCCAGUUUUAUCUUUUGAAAGAUGCGCAGAUGUCCCCUCAGAUCACCAGGCUUGAACAUGUCUGUUUGAAAUAGCCUGUGAGCGCUCAUUAUUGCCUGCAUUUUCACAUAUAGGUGGAGGCAUGUUGAGCAGCGUCUCUUAGUUCUGCGAUAGGGCAAGUCGCCAUUGCUUCCGUUAUUGCUAGACAUAUCAGCCUUUGUUUGUACCUUGUUUAGCUUGAUCUAAGCAGUGACUUGCUGAGUUUUGGGCCAUCAUAUAGUAUGAUUUUGCUUUGUCCACAAGUCGAUGACCAGUUUUUGGUAUGAAUAUAACAUUAGCUUCCCUCCAAGAUAGCGGUUUGUGUCCUGAAACCAGGCUUGCUCCGAAAAGUUUUUGCAAUAGUCUAAGAGCCCGUGACUGCCAGACCUACGUCAUUUUAUGAAAGCUGAAAGUUCUUCAGCGCAUGCUUCCAUCACAAGUAAAAAUGAUGGGCUUUGGGCAUCAGCCUCCUUAUCUUUAAAGUUUUAUGUUCUGUCCCUAUCUGCAAGACGAUUCCCGGCACCUCCAUAUGUCAGACCAGAGAACGCGAAUUCACGCGACAUUUAUUUCGUAUUCCGUGUACCGUUUUUUACACGAUUUCCCCUUACAUUAAAUGUAGAAAUCGACACUGGAAUUCGACAUGUAGAAAGCAACAGAACACAGAAUCUGCGUUCUCUGGGUGUAAUGAGGGGGUGAGAAUCAAAACUAGAGCCAAGUACAAAAAUAGGAAAGUGUAUUUAAAAUAAAGCUUACCACAAAUACAUUUUAGAUAUGGACAUGGGCACUAAUAAUUAUCACAUGACUUACUGACUAACUAACGCGGAUAAUUCUCGGUCUGUAGACUCCCCUUCUCAUCUACCAAAAACCAUUAUUUUAUAUUAAUCAAGCGACCAUCGUGCGUGAUCGCUGAUUAUAACAAUUACUGGUGAACUCUCGUUGACAUUGACCUUCCAUGAGUUUAGGUUCCUUGUACAAAUUAAUUUCGUUAUUUAAACGUAACGUAAUCAAUGAUUUUCCUGAAACUCAUGAACCUUUUUUCUUCUGUUUUUUUUAACAUUUUGUCUCGACUUUCCUUUUUUGAAAAGUGCAGGAUUAUAAUCACAACCUAUGAUUGCAUGAAAUCCAGGCAAACUGUUACAAAUAGAUUCUCCUAACUUUGCGUGUAUCUUUGUGAGGUCUAUAUACUUCAAGUGGUUUCCAGUACCUGUCAGCAUCCAGACAAGGGAAUCCUUUUGUAGAUGGUGCAUAUGAUCAAGCAUGAUAGCAGCAAUAUCAGUAUCUAUACUUCUGAUCACUAUAUUUGUUUGACUGCUAAAGCUAAAAGCAUGAAAUAUUAUUUUGGUGUCAGCCUCUUCAUGUUCUGAACAUGAUAACUCCUCCACAACUUUAGGAUUCAUUAACAACAAAACAAUGACACUGUUUAACAUUUAUGAGAAUGGUUUUGUUUGUUACCAUUGAAUAAUCAUUUACAGAUGGCAUAGAUCCUGACAAUAUACUCCAGGUAAGAGUAUUGGAAAUGCUGACGCUUUGAGCAGGCUACCUCUGUGAAGGCCAGGUUUUCAGCACCCUCUCCAUCCGACAAUGUAUUGAUGUUGGAAAAUAUACCAGAGAAAAUUUAUAAGGUAAAGAAUUAGCUGUUGAAACAAAUAAUGACCUAGUUUUGUCUAAAGUACUGCAAUGGGCAUGGAAGGGCUGGCCUUACGAUAAAAAUCAUACACAAUUUAGCUCUAAGUUAUUGCCCUAUUUACAAAGGAAAAACGAGAUUACAUGUUAUCAAGACGGCCUACUUUGGGGUACUAGGGUAAUCAUCCCACCCAGGAAGGAGGAAAAGGUUAUUAGAAAUUCUAUAUUCAGCGCAAGGUCGUAUAUGAAUAUGUGGUGGCCCAACCUGAAUAAACAAAUCGAAAACCUACUAAAUGCAUGUCAAGAAUGCCAAAAGGUAAGAAAUAUGCCUUACAGGGCACUGACCCACCCAUGGGAGUGGUCUCGUCAUCCUUGGCAAAGAAUUCACAUUGAUCAUGCAGGACUGUAGCGCUACUUUGGUUUUCCGGUAAGAAAGCGGUCGGUUCGGGGUUUUCGGAAAACUCGGGCGCCACCCUUAGGAUUAUAGUGGUUAAGGGCCCACGUGCACUAGGUAGCUUUCAAACAGUGGAGACGGAAAAACCAGAGGUCUAUGCGCAUUUUCCCCAAAAUGAAACACACAAUGUACUUUUUAUUAAUGCCCAAAUAAAUAACAAUAGAAAGAAAAUAUGAAUGUAAAUACGAGGUAGCGUGAAUGAAAAUUAAAGCGAGUGCGAGAGAGAGAAAGUGUGUGCGAACCAAUACUGGCAGGUGAUUGACGUAAAUGAGAAGCAACGGGAAUCAAAGCCCCCACGGUACGGUAAAAAAAACGGUUAGAUGACGGUAAAAUCGGAAAGAAGCUCCAACGGACAUUAACGGUCGGUUCCGUCCCUUCAGCGCCGGCUUGGUUAAUUAAUCUGGCUUGUUAAUAAUCUGGAUAGAGCGAUGAGUACUUGCUACACUGAUACGUAAGGACAGACAGCGCCACCGUGUAACGUGUUCCAAUCACAUGGCCCCCUCGUGUCCGUCAUGGAAAGAAUAAGGUAAACCCCAUUCAAUCCAGGUACGUCUCAAUGUAUAAGCACCUCUCUCAUCCAGAUUGUGUGGGAGCGUGUAAUCCAGAUAGAGCGAUCAGUACUUGCUAUACCGAUACGUAAGGACAGAGAGCGCCACCGUGUAACAUGUUCCAAUCACAUAGCCCCCUCGUUUCCGUCAUGGAAAGAAUAGGAUCACCGUGUAACGUGUUUCAAUCACAUAACCCCAUUCAAUCCAGUUACGUCGCAGCAUAUAAGUACCUCACUCACCUGGAUAGGACUCGGCAACGGUCGAGUCGGCGCUGACGGUUCGGAAACGGUAUUUACCAGCUUACCUCGGUACGCGGUACGAGUUAGGUAGCUCCUGGUCUGGUCGGUGCGGCGGACGGAAUUGCUGUUCUUGGCCGUGUUCGCUAGUUUUAUAGAAAAAUCCCGGCGGGGGAAACGAGUCGGUAGUAGGAAUUGCUAAUGGGAGAAGCAAAGGCUCGACGCACGUCGCGCGAAAUUGUACCGAAGCCCGUGACUGAAGCGGCAUCAGCUGAUCGCGAAAAGCAAGAACCCUAGGAAAAGCCUAUUUUCCUUGGACCAUUUAUUAGGAAAAUAGGUUUUGUGAAAUCGCGUUAUUUUAUUAAGCAGUUUUAAAGAAAGAACGGAGAUUGUAGUCAGCCGAAUACGGAAAAACUCUAGUAACGGCGUUACAGGACCUUAAGACGGAAAUUACUUUCUAAUAGUGGUUGAUUCUUUUUCCAAAUGACUUGAAGUGAGAAAAGUUCCAAACACAUCAACCGUGCUCAGAGAAUUAUUUGCCACACUUGGAAUUCCAGAGGUGUCCGAUAAUGGAUCUGGUUGUGGCUUCAGAUUUCCAAGAAUUUCUGCAGAGCAACGGCAUAAGGCAAGCUUUGGUCGCGCCUUAUCAUGCAAGUAGCAACGGGCAAACUGAGAGAAUGGUGUAGAAUGUGAGAAAUGCAUGUUGCGAAGUUGUUGUAGAUAGUAGAUACCUAUUGACACAACAUUAUUACACCUCAUGCUAUGACAGGAAAAUCUCCAGCUGAGAUUCUCAUAGGUCGAAGAUUGUUUACUUUGUUGGACAAAGUUUUUUCUGUGAUAAGAAAUCAAAACAAGAAACAACAUAUCAUCCGAAACCGAUGAGAAUGUUUCAUGAAAAUAAUCCAGUUUAUUUUAGAUCCUACACAUUCAGGAACAAAAUGGGUGGUUGCAUCAAUAGAAGAAGCAACAGAACCAGUAAGCUACAAAGUGGCUAUCCCAGACAAUGAAAUCGUUAAACGUCAUACAGUACAGCUACAUGCCAGAGAUAUUUCGGAAGAACAAACAGAUACAGUCAGAUAAUAGUCAGCCCGAUGCCCACCAGUGAACGACAGCGUUGAGCAGUGAAGUUUUUACUCCAACAGAGGAGGAUAGGCAUAUAUCAGUCAAGAUACCAGAGCAAGUACCAAAACGAGCCUAAAAGGAGUUCCCUGUUGAAUUUUUUCCAGGAGGGAGGCGUGUCAUGUCAUGUAUUGGGUUAACCUCUUCUCAAUAUGUAUAUCGUCCCUCCUUUGCUAGUGACAAACACCAUGGUAAAUGACGUUAAAGAAAAGUUAUUUGAUGCGAUAAAGAAUGUCAAUGAACAACUGUCAAGAGACCAUUAUUAGUCACUCAACGACAACAACAACAAUUGUCAUCGUUCGAUUCGUUAAAAAUGUUCAAAUUUUGAUUAUUCCCGGCUCUUGAACUCAAAUCAUGAGCCGGGAAUAAUUUAAAUUUGAAAUUUCAUCAACAAGCAAAUUAAAUAACGAUGUUCUGUGAGAUUCGAUUCGCUAAAAAUUUUCAAAUUUUGAUUAUUCCCGGCUCUUGAACCUGAAUCAAGAGCUAAGAAUAAUUGAAAUUUGGAAUUUCAUCACCAAUGUCAAUAGCAUCACGUCUUAUUGGGACAACAGGUGACUUCGAGCAAGUUUUUGUCGCUAUAGGCAGUGGUAGAGCAGAAGAAAAUGGUUCUGGGCUGCGUAUACCUCCUUUCGUAACUCCCCAAUUGAGAAGUACGAAAGCUUGGAAGAUAUCUCUGAACAAUUCACCCAUACUGAAUGUUGCAUCAUGAGAGACUUUAAUCUCCCCAAAGCCAGCUGGACUUUACCUUGCUCCUACCUACUCACCAUCGAAGGCCAAGAAAUAGAGUGGACGAAUACGUCUAUCUGGGGCACCAAAUCAAGCUUGGGAAAGAGAACCAAAAGGCUGAAAUUACCAGAAGAGUGAGCAUGACCUGGGUAGCAUUUGGAAGGUUGCGGUUUAUCCUGAAAAAUCCAGAUAUUCCUAUAAACUUGAAAGGAAAAGUGCAUGACAUGUGCAUGCUCCCUGUACUGACAUACGGCCUGGAAGCCAUGACACUAAAUAUAAAAAGUGAAACAAAUUCAGAGUCACUCAGAGGGGUAUAGAACGCUCAAUGUUAGGCAUUAGUCUGAGAGACAAGAUAAACAACUACGACAUACGUCGACGCACGAGUGUGAACGAUGUGAUCCAAUGCCUAGCAGAAGAAAAGUGGAGAUGGGCAGGCCACGUGGCGAGGCAACCGAACAACACAUAGAUAAAAAUAGUCAUGCAGUGGAGACCAAGAACACACAGACGUGGCAAAGGGAGACCCCAAAAGAGAUGGAUGGAUGACAUUUAUCGGAAGGCAGGACGAGGAUGGAAACACAUUGCACAAGACCGUCGGAGAUGGAAAUUGGAAGGGGAGGCCUAUGUUCAGGAUGAUGAUCAUGACCUUGCUCCUACUGAAAUCCAGAAAAUACAAUACAUGUCAGAAGUAGUGCUUUCCACAAUCUAUACCAGCUUAAUAACAUUUAUAAUAUCAAUAAUGUUACCCUUGACUUGAUAUUCUACCUGUCACUCAGCCAGAUGAAGAUGAUUACCUGCUUCCAUUGUGUAAUAACCACCCACCCCUGUUGUUUCAAGCCACACUGCAGAUGAAUUACUGUAAUUCAAAUCCACAGAGAGACGGAUACUAUUAUGACUUCAAAGCCUCAAACUUCAACGACAUAAACUAUUUUCUUGGCUCCUGGGAUAAUCGCCGGAAUCACGGGAGCUUGAGCCUCCGUAGUGAAUUUGCUAUGGCAGAGUGAUUUUGGCAUUGUAUGUAGUGGGUGUAGUGGGUAUAGGCACAAAAAUAUUGAGUUCCUGAUCCUAACAUUCCUAACUAUUUAUGUUCAUAUCAAACUUGUGUGUUUUAUGUUUUUGUUGUUUUUGCUAUAGGUACCCACUUUGACAAACAGUUUGAAUAUUUUUUUGUUUAGUAUAAUAUAGUAACUUACGGGGCCUUGAUACAAAAAUCUUAGAUAACAGACACCCAUUACCCAACAUAACGGAUCUCUUGAACAAGCUGGGACGCUGCCAGUAUUUCACCACCUUAGAUUUAGCUAGCGGCUUCCACCAGAUUCAGAUGCAUAAAAACGACAUCGAAAAAACCGCAUUCAGCACAGAAAAUGGGCCUUAUGAAUUCUUGCGCAUGCCCUUUGGUUUGAAGAACGCGCCAGCUACAUUCCAAAGAGUUAUGGAUGAUAUUCUAUAUCCCAAUAUAUUGAGCAACUUCAACACCGAAAGAUAUAACAUCCCAUUAAUAAUAGUUAUUCAUUAUUCAAGGAAAAAAAGUAUUAGAUUUUAGAGCGAGAUGUGGUUUGCCUUCCGACGCGAAGCGGAGGGAAAUAACAACAAGGUCGCCAAAGAGCGCUGGAAAUGCUGGAGGUGGAACAGAGGAAAUCCUUAUUUUUCGUUCUCUAUCCAACCUUAGAGUGUUUCUAGACAUUUCAUUCUAUUGCAUUAAAAUUGGCCUGUUGGUUGUUGACCUAUCAAACCUGUAUAUAGUCACUCACAGGGAGGGUCAGGGGGGUCACUCGACCCCCCCUGGAAAUUUCUUAAAUUUUAAUUAUUUUCGAUAUAUUGUAGGUCCGAUGAUGCUCGUAUGAGCGAAACGGGCAUACUUGAAUUCGGCCACAAACCAGGUAGCUGCAGUAAUCCUAUCUUUGAAUUCGACCAAAUCAUGAAACCCAACCUACUUCCCAUAAAACUUACCUUAUGAUGUUGACAGAUUUCGCAUUGCAUAUGAGUUAAUAAAUCUAAAAAAGUGUAAAUAUGUAUUUUGAUGCGCAAAAUAAAAAGAUCUACCAAAAUGACUAUGGAAAGAUUCACAGGCAUUUGUUUUCUUAUCCAGGUCUAUCGAGGCAUGUGCCAUGUAUCGAUGAGAUAAUCUGAAAAUUUAACUAGAACUUCGUGAUUCGGCUGAAUAGCUAACAACUCGAAAACAAAGAAAUCGCUAACUUCUUGAUUCUCCAAAAACAUCAUUCCGAAUCAAUUAUGUAACGAUUUACCGAUUUCUGAUUUUUUUUUUUAUAUUCAAUGCUUUAGUCUGUUUUGGAUCUUCCUCUACCAUGCCUGAGAUUUUAGCUAUUUAUAAGAAGUAAAUAAGUUGAUUUAAUAUCUAUAUCUCAGUGUACCGAUUUGCAUAUUGAUAAAUUGUCACCCUUUUCUUAUUCCAAAACUGGUGAAUUUUGUGGCUGAGUUCAAGGAUCCCGGAGCUAAACACAUGUCACUAUUAAGUGAAUCAAAUAAUAAAAAAUCUGUGUGUUAACAUGUGGCUUUUCAAAAUAUGUUUUUGCUUAAAUUUUGCAUUGCAAGUGUCACAUUCAAAUGGAUAAAUAUCCGAAUGUGUUAGUUUGUGAAUCUUUAAAUCGGCUUUCCAUUUAAAUUUUGAUUUGCAAGUGUCACAUUCAAAAGAAUAAAUAUCCGAGUGUGUUGAAAUGUGCCUUUGUAAAUUACUUUUUUUCAAAUUUUGCCUUGCAAGUGUCACAUUCAAAGGGAUAAAUACCCGAAUGUGUUAGUUUGUGUAUCUUCAAAUCGCGUUUCCGUUUAAAUUUUGAUUUGCAAAUGUCCCAUUCAAAAAAAUUUAAUAUCCAAGUGUAUCAAUAUGUGUUCCUUCAAAUCGCCUUCUCUUUUCAAUUUUGCAUUGCAAAUGUUACAUUUGAAAUUCUCCUCAUCCGAGUGUGUAAAUAUGUGGCUUCUCAAACUACGUUUGUGUUCAAAUUUUGCAUUGCAUGUGUCACAUUUAAAAGGAUAAAUAUCAGACUGUAUUAGUUUGUGUCUCUUUAAACAGUCUUUUUCUUUGAAUUUUGCUUUGCAAAUGUCACAUUCAAAAAGAUAACUAUCGAAGUCUGUUGAUAUGUGACUUUUCAAAUUAUCUUUUUGUUUAAAUUUUCCUAAUUUAAAUUUUUCUUUAAAUUUUGCAUUGCAUAUGUUGCAUUUAAAAUUCUUCUCGUCCAAGUGUGUUAGUUUGUGUCUCUUCAAACUACCUUUUUUUUAAAUUUUGCUUUGCAAAUGUUGCAUUUAAAAUUCUGAUUCUGCUUCUAAAAUGAUAAUUUAGACUGAAGUCCCUUUUUACGUAUAAAAAAUUUAUUCAAUUGAUUUUGACCCCCCUACAUAUUUUUCUGCGGGCGCCCCUGUAUAUAGUUUUUCUCAAUUUGUUUUGAAUGAAAGCGACGCAUCAUAGCGAGGGAGUGUGUUGAUUCCAGUCCAUUUGCUGAGGAGAUCUGUACAUCAAAAUUGUCCACUACCGUUUAAAUCAGACAAUCGGACUUCAAGCUAUUUGCUCCUCGUAGUUCGAAGUUUGCUGAUUGCAUGUUACAGCAAACUGUAUUUCAAUAAUAUGAAGGCACCUGCAGGGACGAUCAAUGAUCCGUGGCGAUCCUGCAGUGAAAUGGGUAUGGCAACUGGUCCGAUUUAGGUCUAUGUGUCUAGUAGCCUAGUCCUGCCUGUCUAAAUUAAUUCUACUUAUGUUAAUUUUUGGAGCCCGAGCCUCCAUAGUAAUUUUGCAAUUCCGGCGCCUAUGUCUAGGGAGAAUUUUCGUGAAUACCUAAAUGAAACUGAAUCGGUAUUGCAGUAUAAUCCAAAACAGUUCUGGUCGUAUACCAAAUCUAUACAAAACUCGAGUAAGCCUCCUUCAAGUUUUAGACAUAAUGGGAGUCGGCAGCUAUGGGUCCCCAAGCUGCCUAAUUCUUCGCCAAAUACUUUGGCUUAGUUUAUACUGUCAAGUAUUGGAUUUCCCAGAUCACCUUUCUCUAUCUCCUCACAAUUUAUUUGAUUCCACUAUGCCUAUCUCUGACAUCUACAUGGAGUUAAAUAAUAUCGACCCAAACAAGGGACCAGGGCCACCUGCUCUUUUUGAAAAAUUGCUGUUUUGUUUUGUCCAGGCCCUUGCAUAUAAUUUACAACAAGUCCCUGAGAGACGGCUUCUUCCCUGAGUAUUGGAGAGCCAGUUAUGUGGUACCGAUUCUCAAAUCCGAUGACUCAUUAGAUAUGACGAAAUUAUAUCCAAGCAGUUUGGCUUCAAAAAAAGGACAUCAACGGAAAUUAAUUUUCUCACAUACUCUGACUUUCUGACAGGCACCUUGGAGGGGUGUGAGGAGGUAGGUACAUAGAUAGUUUCACAAAGAUAAACUUACUACGAGCCGUGAUUCUCUUUAAAUUCAUAAAUGCCCCGAUAUUUAUAUGAAUUUUGGGUAUUUAUCUGGGUAUUUACCAUGAAGUAUAAAUACCCAGGUAUUUCACAUCACUAGUAUCCUAAAUGGUGUAGUCCUGUUAUCAAAAAUUUCUCUUUUAUGAAACCAGGAAAAGGAAAGCUGCCUCACACCAUCUACCAUUGUCGCCUACUAGACAAAAUCUCAUCGGACCAUAUUUUGUUCCUGCACGGGAUCAGUGGCGCAACCAAACGUUUUGUCUAGGGGGGGGGGGGGCAUGUAGGUACAUAGGCACAUAAAUCUGUGGUACAUACUAUAUACACUGACUUCUCCAAGGCGUUUGACAGAGUCAAUCAUUUAGUCCUGAUCAAAACACUAGAAAGACUUGGCAUCUCUGGCUCUCUGCCUCAAUGGGUAGAAAGCUUUCUUAAAGGAAGGACACAGAGAGUUCUUAACAACUUUACCUCUUCCCAAAUCUUGGUGUCAUCAAGUGUUCCUCAAGGCUCGCAUUUAGACCCACUGCACUUUAACCUUUUCAUGAAUGACAUCUAUUAUUGUUUCCUACACUGUUCAUUUCUUCUUUUUGCUGAUGACUUGAAAUUAUUUUUGAAAAUCGUUAUUCCUUGACUGCCAUGCACUGCAAGAGGAUCUAGACAGGUUAAUUCAGUGGUGUCAAACUGAUGGCAUGGAUUUUAAUGUUACGAAGUGUGAAGUUAUGAAAUUCUACAGGUCUAGAACCUUUAAUGACUGCAUAUAUCACAUCAAUGGUAUGCCAUUGGACUGUGUGAAUCAGAUCAGGGAUUUGGGUAUUUUGCUGAGCUCCAUUCUUGAUUUCUCUUCACACAUCGAUGCCAUGGUUAGUCAAGCACUCCAGAUGCUUGGGUUUGUGAAGUGUAGUACAAGGGAAUUUGCAAAUAUCAACUCAAUCAAAACGUUAUUCUUCUCAUAUGUUCAUACACAUCUUGAAUAUGCUGCAUCUGCUUGGAGUCCAAACUAUGCCUGUCACAUUCAUCGCCUUGAAGGUAUGCAGCGUAAAUUCUGCAGAUAUUUCAAUUACAAAUUUUUUAACAAUGAGGAAUUUCAUUAUGCACCCUUUUAACACCGGCACAACUCAAACUUUUCAUCUUCAAUUUCACAGAACCAACUAGGCAUAUCACCUUUUCAUUCCUCGUACUCUUGGACUAAAAUCAAGAGCCGGGAAUAAUUUAAAUAACAGCUUGUUGCUAUACGCCAUUUUGCUAUUGUCAUUGUUUGCGUCAAUAUCAAUGUCCAAAAAAAGCAUCAGAAAUGCAUUAAAAUGACGUCUCAAUGGCUAUGCAUAGUCUAAUUUUGGAUUAUAUACCUUUAGUUUUAGAAUCUCUCUCCAAAAUAUUAGUUUUUAAUACAUUAACAGUUUAACUUGUGCCACUUUGCCUUCCACAGAUUUCAUUCCUAGAGCGAUUUUAUCACAAAUAGCACCCUACUCUGGAGUAUGAAUGUUUCAUAGUUUAACUCCAUAUAUACUCCAACAAUUAUUAUUCUACACAAAUCUUUGGGGUAGCAUUAUUUUAGCAAACUGGUUGUGAACUACAUUCCAAAGAUGUUCUACUAGUAGAUUUACUGACAAUACCAUAAAGGCACUUUUUUCGGUAUCAAUGCACAAGACCAAGAAAAAUAUUAUUAUAUAGGGGAUUCAGCUCAAACGAGAGCACGGCGUCUUUCACAAAAAUCCGUUCACUUAUUUCGGUUCAAACGACUCAAUAAUAAUUAAAACGCAAUUGAUUUUGUGCUGUAUAUUUCCUUCUUAUUAUAGGCAAGUAAUUUUGUUUAAUAAAUAUUGUCUAUUCACAAUCUGUUGGUCCAAAAGUACAGAUUGUGAAUAAGAUAUUAGGUAAUUAUUGAAAUUAAAUUAACAAAAAAAAACGUUCUUUAAAUAAAAUUGUUGUGGUUUUAUUUUGGUGGUGUUGUUAUGAAGGGCUGAAAUGUGGAUGGCCCUUGAUUGAUUAUUUCCGCACUUGAUUUUUUAGUCAUCCAAUUACAAGUGACGAAAUUGAUGAUUAGUUGGACAAUACUGUUUAAAAUAC